AUGAAGCACUUAGAACAAUGCUCGUCCCAAGAAAAUGAGACUCCAUUCCAGGAACUGGGACAAACCGUGGAGUGGAGGAAAGAUGACGGCUUUUCUCUGGACCAGAGAAGAAAUAAAAGUGGGGCUGAGGGCAGCGCAGGUUCCAACAGUGGUGGGAAGAAGAUUUUCAAAAUUGUAGUCAGCUCCCCGCCUUCGAUUGGCUCACUGCCCCAUCAGUCACACGCAGCGAGAUUCGGGUCGGUGGGAGGGGAAGGCGUUGGAGGAGGUGGAGUGGGAGUGGGAUUAGAGGACGAGGUGGCGGAGGAGGUGUUCAGGCUUGGUCCCCGGUUUGGGAAAGCCCCGGAAACCACUAGAGGGAGGGGGAAGAGGGAGGAACCAUCUAACCAGGGACCGACCCACCCCCGAUCUCGGAAGAGGCGCCUCCGGGACUCCCCGGAGGGGCGAGGGGCGGGGGACCGGGAGCUCCACAACGCAACGACGACCCCGGCCCCCUCCCUCAGCAGCCCCCAGCGGCCCGAAGGAGAAGUGUCCCGGGCCCGGGGCGUGACCGUCGCGAGUCGGCCGGGAGGGCCCCUCCCGCUUCCCGCCUGGGGCCCUGAGGGCCUGUCCCUUCAGGGGCGGGGAGAAGGGGGAGAGAAAAGGGGGCGCUGGCGAGCCAACCCGGAACCUCCCGGACCGCCUCCCGCCCCCAGCCCCGGCCCCAGCGCGCCUCCUGCACACAUGCCCGCACCCAGAAAGUUAAGUCAGGGGCGAGCCCAGCUCGGCGCCGCCGCGGUCCGGCCCCCGGCUCCCCGCCCCCACCGCGGCCCGGCCUGCUCGGCCCGAGCGCGCCGCCCGCCCCGCCCGCCGCAGCUCUUUCCCGUCCGCCCGCGGCGCGCGAAUGCACCUUCUCAGGAUUCACCUUCCCGUCUCAGCCCCUCUCCCCCUGAGGGGACAGGAGCCUCGGUUCUCGCCAACCCCGCACCGAGCGGGCGGGCUGGCGGGCGCCAGGUUCCUCGGGCGGGGGCCGCGCCCGCGCCCCCGGCCUCCCCGCCGCGACUCGGCUCUCACCUCUCGCCGGCGCCGCGGGCUGCAGCCUCCGCCCGCCUCGCGCUCCGGGACUCGUCUCCAGAGCUCUCGCAAAGCGCUGGAGCGCCUCCUUUCUCUCCCAGGGACUCCGCGUCUCCCCGCCGCUUCCCGCCCUCCCCACCCCCCAAGCCCCAACUCCCCAGCUUCGCGGCGCCUCCGGGAUGCAACUCCCGUUUUCCGCACACUCCGGCAGCGGUCCCCGCACACAAAAACAGCCCUUUCCGCGGCGCACGGUUCUGCCGGGCUCGGCGCAGGAAGGGCAGUCGCAGCCGGGGGUGGGGACGCGGCGCCCCCCGCCCGCCGCCCGCCUCCCGCCCUCCCUCACGGCCCCCAGGGAAGGCGCGGUUACCGGCUCGGGUCGGUCACGCCGUCAGGUGCCGGCUGCCGUCGGCGCUGACCUUCGCCGCCGAAGCUGUGGCUGAGGCUGCGGCCGCCAUGUUCCCGUGUUAA